CACUCCCAACCAUUUCCUUAGGAGCGACAUUAGAGCCACAUAUCGCUGUGUCAAGGAAGAGAGGCCACGAUGCAGGACACUGUCAUGGAGGAGAUACAGACGUGGUCAGCUGGCGGGUACACCCCGGUGGGACGGAGCGGUCACAGGAUAUCCUGCAGCGACUCCUUCCUCUACUGCGUAGGAGGCUACAACCCAUCCUACGGUGCCCUACAGGAGACAUGGCGCCUUAACCUGACAACAUGCGAGUGGGAGCAGCUUUCCGACUCAUCCUUCACCCCGGCUGCCAGUAUCUCCCACUGCCUGGCCACCUCCGGCCACGACCUCCUCAUGCUGGGCGGUACUAACUUUCCCUUCGGCAGUGCCAUCAGCAGCCAGGUGGAGGCUUGUGACGUGCGCUCGGGGGAGUGGAGGACUCUACCCACGCACGGGGACACGCCGCCCCAACUCUAUGGUCAAGCCGCACGCCGACAUGGAGAGAUGGUGUACACAGUGGGUGGUACCUCUGGCUACCACUUCUCCCUACACGCCCACGCCCUCCACCUCCCCUCCGGCACCUGGUCCACCCUCGCCGACACCCACCACUUUAAGGAUGGCGAGCCUAUGGGGCGAUAUAGGGCGGAAAUUGGUGUGUGGGGCGGGCGAGUGGUGGUGGUGGGUGGCGCCGAUUCCUUCACAGUCUUCCCGCUCGACCAGGUUCCUGUACUGAACAUCGACAUGGGGAAAUGGGAAGUGUUGAGAACCCACCCUGACCCACGGCUCCAAGCCCACCCCAGCCCACGACGCUGCCUCGCUGCCGUGCAGAGACAUCACGAGUUGUAUGUGGUUGGAGGCACGGACGGGACGGAGGUGAUGGACGACGUGUGGAGACUAGACCUGGUAACGCUCGGCUGGACGCGACUACCUUACACCCUUCCCACCCCACUCUACUUCCACGACGCCUCCCUCACUCAGAACGGGUGUCUGUACGUGUACGGUGGGUUAAGCAGCGUGGGCAGCAGCGAGCGGUCUAGCGCUGUGUACCGCGCCAGGCUGGAAGCGCCCCCGCUCCUGGAAGCCGCCUGGGAUGCCUUCACUACCUACUGCCCUACUCUCAGCACUCCCCUGACCGCCUCGGUCGCUCCUACAGGCAGCGCUCUUACAUCCAAGGAUUUUCUGGCUGCCGGAAUCCCUAGAAAUCUCCUCAAGAGACUAUCCAAGCUCUCUGGAGGUCGGGCCGGCCACUGAGCUUCUGUUAUUCAUGGUAAAAUAUUCCUCUAGUUUCAACACUUAGAAUUUUGAUGGUAGAAUUGGCUAGUAGGGAAUAGAUCGAAAAUGGGCUGAACAGAAGUGGAAGUCUGAAAAAGGAAGCGACGUGGCCUUUUUGGUUUUGAGAGUUUGUGUUGGUGUAAUUUUUUUUCAUUUUGCGUGGUUACUUUUGAUUGGUUUAAUGCUUUAGUGUCCUCCCAUUUUUGUUAAGCGAAGAUUAGCAGAAGUAUUUGACGGGACUUGUGUAUUUUGUGGGGUCUGUAAUGACCUUCCACCACCGCCCACUGGAUGGGUGUAUGGUCUGCAAUACCCUCCCACCACUACCCACUGGGUGGGUGUGUGGUUUGUAAUAC